UAAAUUUAACGAAAUCGUCAGACCAAAAUAUAAAAGCACCUCUAUUGACGAGAAUAUAAAAACGUUAUUAGACGAUGAUAAAUACCAAUUAACUUGGAUUCCUUACGAAUUUGAAGAUGUUAGAGUAAUCUGA